GAUAACCCGAGACAACUAUAAAUAGACGUUACUAUCACUACAAAGUUCGUAUACAAAUCAAAAACAACUGUCUACAUACAUAGUACAACCACUUUUCCGUUUAUUUUCGUUUUCGUCAUCAUAGUACAAUUUCCCCCUUUCACUAAUUAAUCACUUUCCACCCAAUAAUUAAUCAUCACUUCAAAACCAAACCAAACAUGGCCGACACUUUCCAAACCACCACCACUGCUGCCAAGCGAAACCGUUCCAACAACGAUACCGAACCAAAAAAGAAACUCACGUGUGGCGACGGAGAUCCCGCCGCCGCAUUAGCCAGUACACGCCACGAGUUCGGUGAACACGGUGGCGUGAACAUGUCAAUCGAAGCCUCCGCAACGUUUACUGUGAUGGAACCAGAAACGAUGCGGAGGAUGUUCACAGGGGAAUUAGGCCCCGACCGCGAUUACUUCAUCUACAGCCGUCACUUUAAUCCGACGGUUCUUAAUCUAAGCCGUCUGAUGGCUUCACUGGAAGGAACAGAAGCCGCUUACUGUACAGCCAGUGGCAUGUCCGCCAUUUCCGCUGUACUUUUCCAACUUACUAGCAGCGGAGGACACGUGGUAGCUUCUAGAACACUCUACGGUGGGACCCACGCGCUACUCACACACUUCCUCCCAAGAACAUGCAACAUAACAACAACCUUCGUUGAGAUUUCCGAUGUUGAAAAGGUUGAUGAAGCUAUGAUCGAAGGGAAAACGAAUGUUUUAUUUUUUGAGUCGGUUUCGAAUCCGACUUUGACGGUGGCGAAUAUACCGGAGUUGAGUAGGGCGGCGCAUCGGAAAGGUGUGACUGUGGUUGUUGAUAAUACUUUUACUCCGAUGGUGGUUUCGCCAGCUCGUCUUGGGGCUGAUGUUGUUGUUCAUAGUAUCUCUAAAUUCAUUAGUGGUGGGGCCGAUAUCAUUGCAGGUGCUGUAUGUGGGGCAGCAAGCCUAGUGAACUCAAUGAUGGAUCUCCAACAAGGGGCCAUAAUGCUAUUAGGCCCAACAAUGAAUGCCAAGGUAGCAUUUGAACUAUCCGAAAGAAUCCCUCAUUUGGGCCUAAGGAUGAAGGAACAUAGCAACCGUGCAUUAGUUUUUGCAACAAGGUUAAAAAACUUAGGAUUAAAAGUAAUCUACCCUGGCUUAGAAGACCAUCCACAUCAUGAAUUGUUGAAAUCAAUGCACAAUAAAAAUUAUGGGUAUGGUGGACUUUUAUGCAUUGAUAUGGAAACUGAAGAGAGGGCUAACAAGUUAAUGAACUAUUUACAAAACUAUGGACAAUUUGGUUUUAUGGCUGUUAGUUUGGGUUACUAUGAGACACUUAUGUCUUGUUCUGGAAAUAGCACUAGUAGUGAGUUGACUUCUGAAGAAAAGGUUCUUGCUGGAAUUUCACCUGGUCUUGUCAGGAUGUCUAUAGGAUAUAUCGGGACUUUGGAGCAGAAAUGGACUCAGCUUGAAAAGGCUGUCACUAGACUUCAAGAAUAUGGAUUCCCUAAUAAGAAUUGAAUCACUUUUUUUUUUUUAAAUCAUGUUUGUGUUUGUGUUUGUGUUUAUGCUUAUAUUUUUGUUAUAAAUGUUUUCUCUUUGUAAUCAAAUGUGUGAUGUAGUCAUCAAUCUUUAUGUGUGUUUUUGUAAUGAAUGUGAACGACAUUCUGUCUUGUUAAAAUAAGUUUGAGAUUACUUUUUU